UAAAAAUCAAUUGAAUACAAUAGUUUUUGAAAAAAAACUAAAAUUUGUCAAUAAAUAACAUUUAACAAUGAAUACUCCUGGAUUAGAUGAAGAUUUUUUGGAAUUUGAAUCAAAAGUUAAUCAAGUUAUGAAACUGCUGGAAGACAUAAGCAAUGCCAAUAAAAAGGAGGGAGAAGAAGGAGCAACCAAGAAAUCUGCAACCAAAAAUAUUAUGGAUGAAAUAAACGAAAAUGAUUUUAUUAUUACGGUCAAAGAAGAUCGCACAUCAAUUAAUAAGAAAUCUACAACAAAAAUAGAAGAUACCGAUAAGAAGGAUGUAGCUGAAAUGGAUAAAUUUACGUUUAUGAAACAGCUGGAACAAGAUGCCGAAGAAAGAGCAAAAAAUAAAAGGGAACGUGAAAGAAUAGCGCAAAAUUUUAGAAGUUUGGGCAAUGAAGCCUUCCGUAAACAAAACUAUGAAAAGGCCAUAAACAUGUAUACCAAGGCGAUAGAUCAUGUUAAGGAUAGUCCUAUAUUGUAUAAUAAUCGAGCUUUAUCCUAUAUGAAAUUGAAAAACUAUAAACGUGCCAUUAUGGAUUGUGAUUAUGUUUUGAAUAAAUUGGAAGAGAAAAAUCUACGGAGUUGGCUAUAUCGCGCUGCUGCUUAUAAACGUUGUGGUGAUGAAAAGAACUUCGAAACUAGUAUUAAGUUGGCACGAAAAAGUAAUCCAAAGAAAACUGAUUUUAUUGAUGAUUUUUUAGAUAAAUUUGCCAGAGAAUCAAUUUAAAUAAUAUUUAAAUUUAUUAAAAAAUAAAAUAUAUAUGUAUAAUUCUACUU